UGUAUACGAAACUCAGGCUUCUACCGAACGAGCUCUGUUCGGUCUUGUACUUCAUCAAGAGCUACGUCAGUGACACGAUGUACUGCGCCUACCGGAAGGGCACCGACUCGUGCCAGGGUGACUCUGGGGGACCGCUCAUGUCUCGAGUUGUCGGGGGCCGCUACGUGCAAGUGGGCAUUGUCUCGUUCGGUGAGGGCUGCGCAAGGACCUACAUACCGGGAGUGUACACGCGCGUCGAAGCGUUCACAUCCUGGAUUAAGCAGGUGGUGGGCUCCUUCGACAAGGCCUACUCGAACGAAGUGCCUCUGCAGCUGGCAUCGUACACCGUACCGCAAUGGCCUUCCAUCUUCCACUUUCUCUGAGAAGCUACGCUCCUUUCUUC